AUGUUUGAAUUCAACUUAGCUUUACUUCAGAAGUGGAAAUGGCGCAUUCUGACUGAGAAUGACGGAACUUGGUUAGAUAUCCUUCGUGCUAGGUAUGGUAACAUUUGUAAUGCAAUUCUUGGCGGUAACAGAAGCAGCAAGUCGUGCAAAGGAUAUCAUUGGUGGAAGGAUCUAAUUGACUCUGGUUGGAGUGCAUGGUUUCAACCACUCUUUCUUUGA